UUAUUUCCCCGCUCUGCUUUGCCCUCAAUCCAAUCCAAUCUCAAUCACUACGAUCGGAACUUCUCCGUAGCUUUAACGAUAAUAUAUUACGAGUCCCCAUACGAGUCUCGACGGAAUCUCUACGCCUCUUCGUCGAUCGGAGUUUCUCUCGCUUGCCGGCGGACGGUGAAUAACCCUAACUCCGGUCGGGUGACUGGACGAGGUCUGCGAGGGUUCUUGGUCAAUGGUCACAGAUUGACCCGACUCCUCGUUCGGGUUGAGUGGAAGAGAAUGGAGGGCAAGCGAUGGUUAUUGGUGGGAAUGUUAGUAGCUCUACUUGCUUCUACGUCUUGUGCCAGAGAGUUGAAGAUAAGGGAAUAUGUUGGGGAUGGGGUUGAUCCUUCUCCGGUUUACAAUCACACCCUCGCUAUGAUAUUGGUGGAGUAUGCCUCCGCGGUGUAUGUUUCAGAUAUGACUGAGCUAUUUACCUGGACUUGUUCAAGAUGCAAUGGUUUGACGGCGGGGUUUGAAGUUGUGGAGCUGAUAUUUGAUGUACAACACUGCUUAGAGGCAUAUGUUGGAGUUGCUCAGGAUCUUAACGCUAUAGUUAUUGCCUUCCGAGGAACUCAGGAACACAGGCAUGUAUCUUCUAUUGGCUUAUUAUUUAUACUAGGCUUACAGAAUUGGAUUUCAGACCUCUACUGGAAACAACUUGAUUUAGACUAUCCCGGAAUGCCUGAUGCAAUGGUGCAUCAUGGUUUCUAUUCUGCAUAUCACAACACGUCGAUACGGUCUGGAAUUCUAAAAGCCAUUAAAAAAGCAAAGCAGUAUUACGGGGAGCUAGAUAUAAUGUUGACGGGCCAUUCAAUGGGUGGAGCCAUUGCUGCGUUCUGUGCACUUGAUCUUGUAGUUAACCGUGAAGCCGAGAAUGUUCAGCUGAUGACAUUUGGACAACCCCGCAUCGGCAAUGCAGUCUUUGCAACCUACUACCAGGAGCUUGUGCCUAACGCAAUCAGAGUCGUAAAUGGACGUGAUAUUGUACCUCAUUUGCCACCAUACUAUUCUAUAUUCCCAACGAAGACAUACCAUCACUUUGCCAGAGAGGUGUGGUUGUAUAACCUUGGAUUGGGAAGUCUCGUUUAUACAGUCGAGAAGGUCUGCGACGACUCUGGCGAAGACCCUACUUGCAGCAGGUCGGUGUUAUGGACUAGCGUUUCGGACCAUUUGUCCUACUUCGGUGUCGAUUUGUGCGGAGACGUAGACUUGUCCUGUGGAAUUGUAAUGGCGCCUGCUUUGAAGGAGUUCAGCACCACCGAUCUGGAGGGCAACCUCGUGCUUUCAAGAGUUCCUGCCUCCCCUAUACUGAAGAUGAAAACCGAAGAAACUAAUACACACAGUCAUUCGUAGCAUUUUCGACCUCCGAAAUUUUAAGGGCAGUGUUUGGUCGGCGGUUACUUGGAGAAGAAGGAAUCUUUAAUCUUGUACAUAGAUGAUGCUAUCCUAGGAAUGUAUACGUCCCACUCUCCCUCCCCAAAACCAUGGGAAUAGCCUUUGUAAUUACAUACAUAUCUUCGUGUACAGUUUGUAUUGUAACCUGACGUUAGUAAACCCUAUUCUCUUUCGAAUCGAACGGAUUCUGUAAUCGUUUCCUCUAAUCAAUCCCUUCAUUCAGAAAUCCUUUGAAUCUCCUUGGCAAUGUAUAGAAUUGUAGGCAGAAUGAUGGGCAAUCAAAUAAGCAUUGGCAUUGAAAAAAAAUGGACGAUCGUCAUGGGAAAUUGAGUAAUCAACCAAUUCAAAACAAUAGAAACCAUGAACAUUCAGAUUAGCGAUUUCGUUUUCACAUUGCCUUGCCAAUUUCCGCCGACGAACCUUCCAAUUUCCCCUCCUCCACCUUGCUAUCACCGUCCUUCUGCUGCAGCUUCGUCUCCGGAGCUUCUGAUUCAACGGCGGCCGUGCCUUCCUUCGCUACCUCCACCACCGCCGCGGCGGCGGCGGCUUUCUCUCCCCCAUCUGCAGCGGCAUUGUGAACGUUCAAUUCCGGUAGUGCAUCGUCGCUCCCCGCCGACUCAGCCCGCGGGGAACCAUACUCCGAAUCGUCGCCAUCCGAUUUCGCGUCGCCGAUGGCGGCGGCGAUGAGUUCCGCGUCUUUGUGCGACGAGAACACCCCGCUCGGCGACCCUCGGGAUAUCAAUUUCCCCGGCUCCGCUUCUCGCUUCGCCUCCCCCGCGGCCGCAUUGCCGUUGUCAUCGCUUGAUAAGUUUUGAUUCGGCAGCGGCGGCGACGGCGAUGACAUGUCGUCUUCUCGCCUGUCCUUGCUCGCGCCUCCUGUAUUCUUCUUGGCGGUCGAUUUCUUUCGUGUCACGGCGGUGGGAGCGGUGGCCGUGGCGACGGCGUGUUUCGAUUUCCCGCAACCCAUUUUUUUUUACCCCGGGCGGCGGCGGGUGGAGGAGGGGGAAAUUGCGGGUAAAAAGCUUUUCUUCUUCCCUACUCUUAAGUUAUUGAUUUUGGUUUUAAAAAGCGGAUUAUGGUUCUUAAUCGCGAUUAUGUAUACACAGCGAUUGAGUUUAGUUUCCCU